AUGAGCAAGCCAAGAAGAGAGGGAGACAAAAUUCAAUCAAAGGGAUUUUGGAUGACAGCAGCAAUUGGUGUAUGGUGUACAAUUUUUUGUGACUAUUUCCAAGGCCUAUUUCAGACAAAUGGCUCGGCUGAACUCUCUGACAUCAUUGAGGUGGUACGGCCAAUAGUUAUGUUGGAGCAGAAUGCGAGUCUAAACCGUCCCUUCUCAAGGGAUGAGAUUGAAGGUGCUUUGAGUCAAAUGUUUCCUACUAAAUUGUCGAGGGUAGAUGGCAUGCCUGCCUUGUUUUAUCAAAAGUACUGGGAUGUAGUGGGUAAUGAUGUUGUGGCUUUUUGUCUAAAUAUUCUAAAGAGGGAAGCUAGUGUGAAGGAAGUGAACCACACACUUCUGACUCUCAUCCCGAAGGUGCACAUGCCAACAAAGAGUGCUUUUGUUCCUGCAAGGCUCAUCACUGAUAACAUUAUUGCGGCCUUUGAGAGUAUCCAUGCUAUUAAACGACUAGGCGGAAGUAAGCUGAAAAAGAUGAUCCUUAAGCUUGAUAUGUCCAAAGCAGUUUCUUAUUCAGUUCAAGUGGAUGGAGAAGCUACUGGUAUGAUUAUGCCAACAAGGAGUUUGCACCAGGGAGACCUAUUGUCCCCUUACCUGUUCCUGAUUUGUGCUAAAGGUUUAUCAGCAUUGCUGACAAAUGCCAUCAUAUUGAAAUGUAUUAAGGGGGCAUCUGGUCAAAUGAUUAAUUUCGACAAGUCCGCUGCUUAUUUUAGUCAUAAGACUGAUCCCAUCACAAAGCAACUAAUCUCAGACAUCCUUGGUGUUCGUAUUGUGGCUUGCCAUGAGAGAUAUCUGGUGCUACGCACACUUGCCUAA